UAUUUUUAUACCAUUGUUCUAGAGCAUGCAGUCACUGUCUCUUGCCAUUGUAUUUUAUCAUCUUAUUCUUCAGGCUCUUAAUGCACAAGACGUGCUUCCAAGUAAGACACUUUCAAAUCGAGAGAGGCAAAUCAAUGGCAAUGGUAAAAUUUUCUCUGUAUCAGGGUCUGGUUUGGAAUGGGCAGCCAUUGUCUUUGAAGUGUUCCGAUUUAAGCUCAAAUAUGUAGUACUUCUGCGUAUCCUUCAGAUUAUGGCAGCAGGGAGCGAACUAGCAUUCCAAGAUGCAAUGAGCAUGCACGUGGAUUUUGUGUAUUUAAAAUACGCUUACAGUCAGGAAAGGAUGGUACAGAUAUCAGUUUAGUGUAUUUGUGAGGAGAAUGAACAUAUGAUAAUGUCAUAUAAAGAUUGAAUGUCUGAACAAUAUAUUGAAUUCUUUAGCUAAACAAUUUCAUAUGAUACAAUAGUCUUAUAAAAAAGAGUCAAUUAUAGUCUCCUGGAUUACGCAGUCAAGGGUAAAUCUUUUCAAAAGAUUGUUUCUAUGUAGCAAUAAAUGACAUGGCUUUCUGGUUAAUCAUGAUUUAAAACUUCAUCGCCAUUUUAAAGCAGAAGAACAGGUAAACUAGCCCAGGAGACUGCGCCAACUAAAGUCCAGAGAAGAAAGUUUCAUUCCAAGAGUUGAAAAUAUUUGCUGUUUCCAAUUACAUAGGGACAUUGCGGCUGUGCCGCUAAAGUAAUUAGCAAGAGAAAUGUAUCCAACAGGCAAACAUUUCUAUUUUCUUGAAAUGUGUAGUAUUUUUUGUUUUUGUCAUGUAGAGAAAAUUGCACCUGGAAAAUGACAACGAUAUAUGGAAUGAUGGAGAUGAAAGUAAUGUAAGUAUUUAUUGACACAAGAAUAUGAAU